CUGUCGGGAGGAGGAAGACGGAACUAGCUGGUCGGGAAGACGUUCGACACAUGGAGAAGUACAAGCAUGUGAUAAUAUUCAUUUUUUGUGUGGCAUUAUCCAUGUCCACCUUGACAUGGCACAUGCGCGAUGGCAGAAGGCACUUUAAAAAACACAAUCCUCCGUUUAAGAAAAUACGUCCCAAAUUCUCCGAACUUGAUGAAGAAAGUCAAAAUAUUAUCGAAGAUGUGAGGAGACGCUAUUUGAGAAACUGGCGAAAGCUUGAGCACAAUUUUCAGGAAAUCAGAUCCCAGCUACACGACGAUUGCAAUGGUUUUGAUAACGCCAUCAUGACCCAAAGCAACACUCCAGAGGGAUCAAAGAUCAUCUACGACACUUCUACUAAGUCUCUGGUGGUCGGAAAAGAUCUUGUCAAGCUCUUGCUAAAGGAGCAUCCUUUUCAAAAUAAAACGUGGAAGACAUGUGCCGUUGUUGGAAACGGAGGGAUCCUAUCGGACAGCAACUGUGGAAAGAGGAUCGAUUCGGCUGACUUUGUUUUCCGGUGCAAUUUACCUCCUCUGGUGGAAGAAUUCACGGAAGAUGUCGGUUUAAAGACAAGUCUUGUCACGGCAAACCCAAGCAUCCUUCGUACUAUGUAUCGGUCUCUGAAUGAGAGGCGACGGCCUUUUGCUGAGAAGCUCCAGAGCUACGGGAACGCCAUGGUUCUCCUCCCUGCCUUUUCCUAUAACACCAACACCGAACUGUGCUUCAGAGCAGCCUACACAAUGGAGGACUUCAACGUCUCGGCUCGACCUGUCUUUUUCAAUCCCCAGUAUCUGAUUAAACUGGGAAAAUUUUGGUUCUCAAAAGGUGUGAAUUCUCCGCGACUCAGCAGUGGCUUAAUGAUCGUGAGUCUGGCCCUGGAAGUCUGCUCCAACGUCGAAGUUUAUGGGUUCUGGCCAUAUAGAAACCACCCCUCAGAACUUUACUCUCUACUUCAACAUUACUAUGACGACGCACCAACCAACCUCAAAGUCCAUUCCAUGCCUCAAGAGUUCAAACACUUGUUGCAGCUUCACAACGAGGGGGUGCUCCGGCUUCACCUCGAUGUUUGUGAGAAGUAACUCUCUUAAACUCUUCUGUCUGAUGCUGCGAGAUGCAAUAACAAACAACGGAUCUGUGCGUUACCUCUCACACAUCAUGGCAGCUGGUCCAACCAGUUUGUCGCAGUAUAAGUCUGAUUUGUGUGAUGCUGUUUGUAUUUGUUCUCAAAAUACACCCGCUAGCAAUGUCUACACAAAAUUAUGCUACCAUCUGCUGUUAUUUAUUGCCAUCCUAACGAAGUAAGACAUGAUGUGUCAUGUGA